AUGAUCCAAUUGAACUAUCUGAGUGGAGAAAUUGUGUCUUCUCCUGCUGUAUUGUUGAAAGGCCACACCACAGUAAUCAACAAUGGUGUAGUUGUUGUGGCCAAUAACAAUAAUGAAGUUUUCCCUCCACAAUAUUAUGAAAUCAAUAACGGUUGUUUUAGAGCCAUAGCUCACGUAUCCCCUGGACUGAACCAUUUGACUGUUCAAGCAUUGGCAAAUUCAAGCAUCGACAAAAGAGGUAAAGUGUGUGGACAGUUCCAAGUGGUAGAUUCCACUAGAAUAGACAUUACUUAUAACGAGCUUGUUAAUAAUAAACCAAUUCAUUUAUGUGUUGUGGUUGGUUGUGAUUCCGAUGGAUCUUACGAUAUGCCUCUUUAUAAGAGUGCAAGAGGAGAAGUUCCCAAUUUAGAUACAGCUAUACAAAGAUUAAAAGUUGCUGGACGAAUGAUGCAAGCAUACACUCAGGAAGAAAUGAGAAUGACUGGGUUCAGUAACCGAUGCUUUAGAUUUAUCGAAGAGCUGACCAACGACAUGAGGAACUUCGGUUAUUCGGGUCAAUGUAAGGUUCCUCACAAAGAAGUUAAAAUCCAUGUUUUAAGAUCUCCACGUACAAGAGCAGAACUUCGUGAUCUUAAUUAUGCUCAACAAUAUAAGGAAGCUAAAGAGAAUGGUUAUUUGUUUUCACAUGCCAUUGACUUGGUUGAAAAAAGUGAUUUCUAUGACUUUUAUAAACAAAACAACAUUCGAAUUCAAGCUGCGUGUAUGUUCAUGGGUGGUCAUUGGGAUAAAAAACAUCAAGUGAUUGUUGAUCAUGCUGCUUUAGGGGGUGGUCGAGGCAAUGUCAAAAUGGCAAUUUUUGGAUCCCAAGGCAUUCAUUCAUUUCCCAUUGAUUGGCCUACUGUUACACCUGCUUUGUUAGACGAUACCGAAUUAUCUACGAAUGAAGUUGCAAAUGAUUCUAACCAAUGUGGAACAAGUUGGGAAUGUUUUAACAUUUCCUUUGGUGCCUUUUUACAUGAAAUAGGUCAUCUGUUGGGUUGUCCACAUCAAAUUGAUGGGGUUAUGUUACGAGAUUAUGUGUGGAUCAAUAGAAAUUUCAUGACCAGAGAGUCAAAGUGUUUAAGAGAGCAUACUGGUGGUUGUGUUGUUAGCCCUACAAAUUCUUGGGAAAAAGAAUGUCACUGGAAUAGAUUAGACUUGGUAAGAUUCUUCUAUCAUGAUGCAUUUGGUUUACCUAUUGAUAAUUUCCCAAAGAUUAGUGAAACUUAUAUGAGAAGUCCACAAAAUGAAGCACCAGCACCAUCCAUUUAUAGGAGUCCUGAGGGGGUGUUUAUUAAGGGGAACGAAAAUAUAUAUAUGAUUGAACUUAUAGUUGAAGAUUUGGCUAGAUAUUCUACUCAAUUCUUUCCUCAAUCUUACGGUGGAAAAGGGUUUCCAACAAUUGUCAAAUUGGAUUACAAUACUUGCUACAAGGAUCUUAAAGAAAGAGGAAAUAAAUGCCACGAAAACUUCGAUGUGAGAGUUCUUUCAUUUAAUGGGGAUGUUUUCACCAAGAAUUUCAAAUCAUUCAACGAAGAUAUCCGUAAAUCUACUAUUAUUAGUGAUUUUGGAUUGGGUAGAGGUCCAAUCACAGGAUACAAGAGUGGAUGUUCUGGUAGUGAAGGUAACUCCAUGCUGGAGAUUGAAUUUGAUCUUCGUAGGGUAUUCAAGGUCAGAGUAUACCAUGGAAUGGCUUUAGAUGGGAUCAAAUUCUACCUCAAUAGUACCAUCCAACCUACUCAAGGUGGUGGUGGUGCAAUGCCAUCAUCACCACAUUCUCAUGGCAGGUUCCGUCAAAAAAUCUUAGACAAAAUCGGAGUACCUAGUCCUAGUUCAAGUACCAUGGUUCACGGUGGUGGUGGAGGUAGUUGUGGACCCACAGAAGUUUUUAUUGGGAAGGAGACAGGAUCAUACAGUGAUUUCGAAUUAGGUGCUGGUGAAAAAGUUCAUCACUUCAAUUUACGCAGUGGGAAAUGGAUCGAUGGUAUUCAAAUUGUCACCGACAAGGGAAGAGUAUCCCCUUGGUAUGGUAAGGAAGAAGGAGGUCAUGGAAGUGUGUUGGAGACUCCAACUGAGGAAUAUACUAUUGUUGGAAUGUAUGGAUAUGUUGGAUCAUGGAUGGAUGGACUUGGUGUUAUAUAUGCCAAAGUUUAA